UCUUCUUUUCAUUUCCUUUUCACUCGCGCGCCCGUGGAAAUUUCGUUUCGCGUAAAUCGCGCCGCGCGCCAACAAUAAUGCUCGGGAGAACGUCGCUGGUGGAACAAAAAAGGAUCCAGUGGGCGAGAGAGAGAGAAGAAAUGGCACGUCUCGGCGGAAGCUGGAGUCUUCUGAAAGAUAACGUCAAUAUCCGCACCAAUAUCCGAACGUAUCCGAGCGGCGGCGCAAGAAUGUCCUUGGCGGGCACGAAGGACAAGCUGUCGUCCUCGAAACCUUUUCGUGCCGCUGGACAUUACGGAAGCACCGUCAGCCUCAAGAGCCUGGCGACAGAGAGUUCCGGAAACGGCGGCACCAGCCUAAAGUGUUUGGACUGCAACGGUGGUAGCUUGAUAAAUCUGCACGAGCAGACGGAAGUGUCGCAAAUCAGGCACAGAAGCCCGAGCUUGCCACCGAUUUACAACAAGGAUCAGCAACAAUAUCUUUGUCAGAGCCAACAACGAGAUUUCGCAGCAGAACGACUGCAUUAUCAUUCGGAGAAACAUCAUCGACUGUACGAUCGUUAUGAGAAUUCGAAAAAUAAUCAUUACGGCUCGCAAGGCGAAGAACGGGAGGGAGAGACUUCCGGUUACGCCAGCGACUCCGUAGACGUGCCCGUAUCGGCGAAAGGAACAUUGUUGCCCGAUUGCAAGCCACUAGGGGCGGACAUGGCCGAGAAGACGUGGCAGAAUCCCUAUCAGACAACGCCCGAAAGUUCAUUGCCACCAUCGAGGAGAUUAUCUGAUGGCAGAAUAGGCGAACUUAACAGGCCAAGGUGGGGUAGUGUCUGGGGCCAGGAGACUGCACGAGGAGAUCCACCGCCGCCCUCUUGGCUGUCGAGAUUAGGGCACUCCAGUCAAGUUCUAGUUAUUAAUCACGACAGCGCGAGUAGCUCGGACAGCUCGACGGUGGGCUCAAUCGGAUCCGACAGCAAGACCUAUCUCCGCGGUCAAAAUAUUCCUGUCGAUGCACAAAUUCUUCAAGAGAGAGAGGUGAAGAGACAGAAAGCUCUGGCGCUGCAGAACGCGAUCAAAAAGCAACUGGAAGAGAGGGAUCGACAAAGGAAGGAAGAAAAGGAGCGACGUCUGAGGGAGGAACGGCUGGAAGAAGAACGGAUCAAACGAGAAAGGGAGAAAGAGAGGGAAAGAUUCGAGGAAGAGCAAAGAAAACUGAAAGACCGGGAAGCGGCUAAGCUGAGGCAAGCCGAGGCGAUGCGCGAAGUUUUAGAAGCGGCGGAACGUUUAGCGAAGGAACAAAAGAAAUUUCGGCGAAAGUGUGAGAAAGAUAACGAGGAAACGUCCGCCGUGUCUUCAAGAGACUGCGAAUCCAAUACUUCGAGUGAAAGUCAGACCGGCAACAAUUGUCCGAGCGAAAGGAGGGACGACGACGUUAAGAACGAAAUGGAAACGUUGAAUAAAGAAGAGAGUAACAAUGUUAAUGACAAUAGUAAUAAUAAUGAGACGCACAAUGACGAUAACAACGACGAUGACAACAAUACGACGGAGGAAUCGAUGGAACAAACUACCAACGAUAUAAAGUCAGUCCAGGUUCCUGUCAGCAAGGAUGUGGCCAUUGUAUUGAGUGGCCGACUCGAAGAUUCAGAUCUGCUCAACAAAGCGAAUCUGCAGUUGGUCAACUUGGUGUUGACUCCGACACCAAGAAAAUUGGAAAAUAAUUCCAACGACAAUUUGCGCGUAGGUUUGAACAGCCUGAUGCAGAAUGUGGCAAGUUCGAACCUCGCUCCGAAUUCCUCUAUAAUAUCGAAGAUGAUCGUUGAGAACAGAUUGCUCACGCCGAGCAAGUACAGGGCCACGAACGGUCGAGAUUUCGGCACGCAAACAGAUAUAGAAAACGAUCAGGAUUAUCCGGAGAAAGUGCAGGACUUGUCCGCUAAGGAUACUUCUAUGAAGGACCGCAAGGAUGCAACGAAUGCGAUUAAAAGGGACAUCGAAAAGUCUGCCAACGUUGGAUUCGUGGAAGAAAUUCUUGUAAAGUCAUUUCCUCGAUCGAAACCUCAAGCUAGAAGGGCCAUAGAAUCUAGACCGCAGUGGAAUGCUAAUAGGCCGGGAACACGAUAUCGCACGCAAAGUGAAAAAGAUCCUCAUUAUCAACGACGAUUGCGAAUGAGGAGGCGUCAAGUGGAGUCCAGCGACGAACGUUCCAGGUCACCAUCACCCGACAGGAGGAAAUUUCUAAAUAUUAAAUCGAAAAUUCGAGCGUUAAGUAGGCCGAAGUUAAAGGUCGACAGCUACGACGCUGAUCUCUCGAUGGAUAGCUUGAAUUCUAUCGUACCACUGAGAACUGAUAAGAAUGGAAGAAUCACUAUCGAGGAAGCCAGAUGCGAACAAAACGAUAAGACUCGACUGGGCAACGCUCGUACAAAUAACACCGACGAUAUCAAGAAAUCGCCGAACGAAAAUUCCAAUAUCUGGUGCGGACAAGAAAUUUUAUCGAAAUUAUCUACAUUGAAAAACGGUCUUUUAAUGAAACAGAUCGAAUGGGAUUCCGAGAGAUGCCUGAUCUCUCCCGCUGCAUCCGAGAUCUUUUAAGAGAAACCAAACAGUCGCGCAUUUCGUUCGUCACGUUUUUUUCUUUUUUUUUUCUUUUUCUUUCUUUUCCUUUUCGUUGCUUUCGUUUUAUUUUCGUAGAAAACGAGAUCGUACAGACAACGUUGUAGAAUAAGGAAGGGAAAUAAUGAUUUA